UUGUUCGGUAAAAAGAUUAUUUCGGUAUAAAGAUUAAGAAUAAUGUGAACUUGUGUGUUUGUGACUGUCAUGUGAAGUGUCAGUUUGUAACAUGACUCAGAGCGUCACAGGCGGAAGGUCACGGAGCAGCAGAACGGAACGGAAGCGGGAGUAAAAAGCCUGUCCGCCAUUGUGGAAAAUGACACAAAGUCGCCGUUUGUAACAACCAGAAGAAUCAGAUCAUCGUCAGAUCUGACCACGGGAGGAAAACGCCGCCUUGUACCCGUAACAGAGUGAUUGGACAACCCGAGAGACGAGCCAGGAAAGCACCCAAGUGCAAAUAGAGGCAGGAGAAAGCAGUGGACAGUCUCACAAACAGCUAUCAAUUUCGGUUCCUGGAGGAUGUCUGCGACCACAGUCGAUCAGAGACCUAAAGGACAAGGAAAUAAAGUGCAAAACGGAUCAAUGCAUCAAAAGGAUGGUGUGAAUGAUGAUGAUUUUGAGCCUUAUCUAAGUGGCCAGACAAAUCAGAGUAACAGCUAUCCACAAAUGUCUGACCCCUACAUGCCAAGCUACUAUGCUCCAUCCAUUGGUUUCCCUUACUCUCUGGGAGAGGCCGCUUGGUCCACAGCAGGCGACCCUCCUAUGCCCUACCUAACUACCUAUGGACAGAUGAGCAAUGGCGAGCCACACUUCAUCCCUGAUGGUGUGUUCAGCCAGCCAGGUGCCCUGGGGAACACCCCUCCCUUCCUGGGUCAGCAUGGCUUCAACUUCUUCCCUGGUAAUGCAGACUUUUCCACCUGGGGUACCAGUGUCUCUCAGGGUCAGUCCACGCAGAGCUCAGUCUACAGUAACAGCUAUGGGUACGCCCCCAGCUCACUGGGUCGGGCCAUUACGGACGGACAGGCAGGCUUUGGAAGCGACACCCAGCAUACUAAAGUCCCGGUGCUGAACAGCAUUGAGCAAGGUAUGACGGGCUUAAAACUGGGUACGGACAUGGUGGCAGCUGUCACCAAAACCGUGGGCUCACCACUUGGAGGCACAGCAGGUAUGAGCAGUAUGGCAGCCAAUAGCCUCCCUCUGUCGGUCAGCUCGUCCGCACCUAAACCUGCCUCCUGGGCAGCCAUUGCCAAGAAGCCGGCCAAGCCACAGCCCAAGGUCAAACCCAAAGCCAACAUGGGGAUGGGGGGAGGCGCCAUUCCUCCACCCCCCAUAAAGCACAAUAUGAACAUUGGUACUUGGGACGAUAAAGGCUCCCUGAACAAGCCCCCAUUAGCUCAGACUAUGAUGCCUCCACAGCCUAUGGUGCAGCAGCCUCUCCUAGCUCAGCCCCAGCCCUUACUGCAGAACCCAUUGCCCCCUCAACACCAACACCAACACCAACACCAGGCCCAACAUCAACAUCAACACCAACACCAACACCAGCCCUUCCAGCUCCAUUCUCUCCAGUCCCCCCAACACCCCCAGCCUAUGCCACCUGGCCCUCCACACAUGCACCUGUCCUCUCAACCUGGCCCCCCACAUCCCCUUCAUCAGCAACAACCCCAGCAGCCUGGUCCACCCCCCAAUCGUUGGGUGGCUCCCCGGAACCGGGGUGAGGGCUUUGGUCUGGGUGGGGGAGUCCCACUGAGUGCCUCUCCUUGUUCUGGAGAAGUGCAUCCCGUGCUGGAGAAGCUCCGUGCCCUCAACAACUACAACCCCAAAGACUUUGACUGGAACUUAAAAAAUGGACGCGUUUUCAUCAUCAAGAGUUAUUCUGAAGAUGACAUCCACCGCUCAAUCAAGUACUCUAUCUGGUGCAGUACAGAACAUGGCAACAAGCGUCUGGAUGGUGCCUACCGCUCACUGGGCAACAAGGGGCCCCUGUAUCUGUUGUUCAGUGUCAACGGGAGUGGGCACUUCUGUGGCGUGGCCGAGAUGCGCUCACCGGUGGACUACAAUGCCUAUGCAGGCGUCUGGUCUCAGGACAAGUGGAAGGGCAAGUUUGAGGUGAAGUGGGCGUUCAUCAAAGAUGUGCCCAACAACCAGCUGCGACACAUCCGGCUGGAGAACAAUGACAACAAGCCAGUGACCAACUCCAGGGACACUCAGGAAGUGCCUCUGGAAAAGGCCAAACAAGUGCUUAAAAUUAUUGCCGCUUACAAGCAUACCACCUCAAUCUUUGAUGACUUUGCACAUUAUGAGAAACGUCAGGAAGAGGAGGAGGCUCUGAGGAAGGAGCGCAAUAGAAAUAAACAGUAACCUUCAAGCAAGCUCUCUGCUAGAACUGCAACACUAAUGACGUAGGACCUUAAACAAAAUUUGCUUAACCACAAGGAGGAAAGGCUCUCACAAAUUUCCGCUCAAGACAACAAUGUAUCUGAACACUUGAACAUGACAGUAUAUGGACUCAUCUGUAUCUGUUGACUGGUGCAUCAAACCCUGUGUUGCUGUCUCACAAGAAAAAGAACGUAAACCACUUUUUAAAAACUCUGUGGUUAAAGCACUUUCAGUCCUAAACGGCCUCUACCAAUACCCUUAACUCUCUAACUGUGUUCUUCUUUGAUUUUGUUUGUGAGCAACUAACUGACUAACAGAAGUAGUCAGAAGAUUUCACCAGGCUUAUUUGUAAUUUUUUUUUUUUUAAUGCCUCAAAUGUUUGGGAUAUUGGUGAGCUUCCUCAGCUCCUGAAGAUAAUUAUAGAUUAUCUGUAUGAAUUCAUCUAUUACUUGAAUCUGUAUUCAGCCAUCUGAUCCUCCUCAGACAGAGGUUUGGAUGAUUGACAGGUGGGACAAAAUAAUUAGGAAACAGCCACAAUCAUGCCAAUCAUUGGAUGUAUCCUCCCUCUACCUGGUCCCUUCCUUUUCUACAUCUGUUUCUGUGUACCAAAAGAUUACAAUUAUGCAGCAGGCUGGCAAGCACUGGCCAGUGCACAUCUUUGUUUUUUUUUUUUUUCUCGUUAUUCUGUCAUUCUGAAGUGCAUUUGUCUGAGGAGAAACCUGCUGCUCUUGUAGAACCAGCGGUGGCCUCCUUGGGCCCUGUGGUAGACGGUCUUUGCUCUGAUGUUGAUGUACUCUACCGUACCUCAGGCUCAAUCAGACUGUCUGUCCUCUGAGCACUUUUGGGAGAAUCCCAUCACUACUCCUGCUUGGCUUGACUGGGAUUCCCCCAAAACGGCAAGACAUCAACUGCAAGGAUGUGCCAGUUUUCUCCUCUAGGUAACUCACUAGCUAAAUAAAAAUGACCCAUGUUUUUAGCGCAAA